AUGGAGAGGAGCAACCACACAGUGACUGACUUCAUCUUGCUGGGCUUCUCAACAGACCCUGUAAUGGAGAAGAUACUGUUUGUCCUGUUCCUUGGAGUAUAUUCCAUGACAUUGAUAGGAAACACCACCCUCAUCAUAUUGAUCUGCAAUGACUCCAGACUCCACACACCCAUGUAUUUCUUCAUUGGAAAUCUGUCUUUUCUGGAUCUCUGGUAUUCCUCUGUCUAUACUCCAAAGAUCCUAGUGACCUGCAUCUCUGAAGACAAAAGUAUCUCAUUUGCUGGAUGUCUGGCUCAAUUCUUCUUCUCUGCUGGAUUGGCCUAUAGUGAAUGUUACCUACUGGCUGCCAUGGCUUAUGAUCGCUACACUGCUAUCUCUAAUCCCCUGCUUUAUGCUCAAGCUAUGUCAAGAAGAUUGUGCAUCUGUUUGGUUGUAUAUUCCUAUACAGGAGGAUUUGUCAAUGCAAUAAUAUUAACUAGCAACACAUUCACAUUGGACUUUUGUGGUGACAAUGUCAUUGAUGAUUUUUUCUGUGAUGUUCCACCUCUGAUCAAGUUGGCAUGUGAUGUUAGGGAGAGUUACCAGUCUGUGCUGUACUUCCUCUUAGCCUCUAAUGUCAUUUCUCCCACUCUGCUCAUCUUGACCUCCUAUCUGUUCAUCAUUGCUGCCAUCCUGAGGAUCCGAUCCACCCAGGGCCGCCUCAAAGCCUUCUCUACCUGUUCUUCACAUCUCAUCUCUGUGACCUUAUACUAUGGCUCCAUUCUCUACAUAUACUCUCGCCCCAGUUCCAGCUACUCCUUAGAAAGGGACAAAAUGGUGUCUACCUUUUAUACUGUAUUAUUCCCCAUGUUGAACCCCAUGAUCUACAGUCUGAGGAAUAAAGAUGUGAAGGAAGCUCUGAGGAAACUCUUUAAGUUAGCUCAUGCUGAAGUCUAA